UUACCCUAAUUAUACACGGGUCACGCCGUCACGGGAGGCGGGAGCUAUACCCGCAACCCAUCAACCCCUCGCGGCUCUCUCUCUCUCAUACAUUCUCUCCCCUUCCUCGUAGAUACAGAAAAAGGGGAAGACGAUAGAUCCAUAUUUCUCUUUCUGUAAUUUUCCGUUCGAUUCUUUUCCUUCCUUUCCUUACCAACAGAAACCCCCAAGCGCUGCCUCUUUCCUCCCAUGGGAACCCCUGAGACUUCUCGCGAACCCUGCCCCGAUCGCAUCCUCGAUGACAUUGGUGGCGCGUUCGGCAUGGGAGCCGUCGGUGGCUCCGCCUUCCAUUUCAUUAAAGGUCUCUACAACUCUCCCAAGGGUUCUCGACUCGUCGGCGGCUCGCAAGCCGUUCGCCUCAACGCGCCACGCGUUGGCGGCAGUUUCGCCGUGUGGGGUGGCUUGUUUUCCACUUUUGACUGUACCAUGGUUUACGUGCGUCAGAAGGAGGAUCCGUGGAACUCCAUCAUCGCUGGGGCUGCCACUGGCGGCUUCCUCUCCAUGCGCCAGGGGCUGGGAGCUUCGGCCCGAUCCGCGGCGUUUGGCGGUGUCUUGUUGGCUUUGAUCGAAGGAGCAGGGAUCAUGCUCAACAAAUUCCUCAGUGCACAGCAACAGAUGCCUAUAAUAAUCGAUGAACCCAUGCCUGCUGGAUACCCCGUUAAUGGAUUGCCUGGCCAAAGCUUGCCUCAAGGGAUGAUGCAGCCCUCAACUGUGCCUUCUGAUUCGGUUUCGGGUUCGGAUUCGGGCAAAUCUUGGUUUGGUGGGUGGUUUGGCGGAGAGAAAAAGGAUGGGCCUCCUACGAGCGGAGGAAGCGAGACAAAAGUUUUGGAGAGCUUCGACGCCCCGCCAGUGCCGAACUUUGAAUACAAGUGAGAUGGUUAUGCAGGCAGUGAGUAUUUAGGAGUGAUUGCAUUUGUUGCAGGCGUUUGGUUUUGAACCUUGCUCAGGGAUAAACUGUAGUCACUUAAUUCUACGGCUUUGUAAUAUAGUGGUAAUUUUGUCGGAACUCUUAUAGUGUUGGGCUCCAUCCUUUAGUCCAUAAUUGAUUAUUUUCCCGUUGGAAUUUUGGCAUGCGUCCAAUUCUAGAUCAUCAUUUUAUUGCAAUUAUCUUUUCAUUGAAAAAUAUAUGCUGGAGAUUUAUACGUU